GACUGGCCAAUCGGGGCAGGUUUUGCUUAUCAGUGAUAUCAGCGCCGGCGCUCGCCGGGGUUAUGUUCAGGAAACCCGGAGUAGUUUUAUGCCAUUUAGUCGACCAUGAGGGAUUGUCAGUGUGUGUGUUAGUCGAAUUUGGAGCUAUGGUGGCUAUUUCUCAAGCUAUUCUGUUCUGCUUACACGUUUGGGCUUCAUUUGCGACAGCGAAAGGUAUCUCGGUAAACUGCGACUGCACGACAGACGAAUGUAAACAACACAACAAGACAACAUGCAGCGCCACCUUGUGUUAUGUCCAGUACUUCGCGCAGACGAUAGAUGACGUAGGCAAAUAUAUGAUUAGGGGUUGCAUAGAUCAUCCAAAUUCUAUCCUCUGCGACAACAAGCGGCCAGAGCAUAUCAACGACCCGUGGCCAGUUCUCAUGUGCUGCGCAGAAGAUUGGUGUAAUCGAGACGUCAUACCUACUGCACCACCAUGGCUAGUCAAAGCUUCAAAAAAGGAAGAGACAAAAGACGCACUGCCGGAGACGUCGGAUACGAAAAUAAUCGACACAACGGAAGAAUACAACAAUUAUAGAAAUAACCCGGAUGACGACCGGAACCGGAAAUACUCAAAAAUGAUAAACCCUAUUUAUAUCAGUGUGCCUAUCGCCGGCGCAUGCGUACUUUUAGCCAUAAUCAUAUUUGCAAUUUUUCUCCUAAAGCGAAAAAAUCACGAUCAUUUUUAUCGGGAUUAUAAUAUUACAAACAAUGCAAACGGGUUGAAGCAUUCAGAAUGUUGCGCAGGGAACGAGGUUAAGGCCAAACCUCAUACAUAUCCGGAAACAGAACGAACUUCUGCAACCAGUGAGAGUAAACUCCUAAUGAAAGUGUAAAUAUUGAUAAAUAAUGACAUUGGGACAUCAAAAUUACGGGUGAAUGUGUGUAUAAUGCUUUCGUAUACUGUUUGCCUUUACACCUAAACUGCGAAGGAGGACAGCUUAGGAUACGUAUACUGUGUUCCUUUAGUUGCUAAAGUGCAAAAGAAGGGCAGUUAGUGAGUCGUAUACUGUUUCCCUUUAAUUCUUAAACUGUGACGGAGGACAUUCGAAGAUUCGUAUACUGUGUUCCUUUAAUUGCUAAAACGCGAAAGGGGAUAGUUGGAGAUUCUCGUAUACGGUUUUACUUAAAUAGUCACAAAACUGUGAAGGAGGACAGUCGAGGAUUCGUAUACUGUGUUCCUUUAAUUGCUAAACUGCGACGGAGGACACUAGGAUUCGUAUACUGUUCCCCUUUCAUUGCUAAACUGCGACGGAAGUAAUUCGAGCAUUCGAAUGAUGUUUUCCUUCAAUCGCUAAACUGCGAAACCUCGUUCUCGGCUUUUAUAUAAAUCACAAACGGCACCUGGAACCGAGGCUUGUUCUAUCGUUCCGCAACGUUUCUGUAGCCUUUAUUGUAAAUAUGUAAAUAGAACGGGUUCUACAAGGAAGAUAUUUAAUUUUAAUUGUAAAUUGCGUGUACAGUCAAAUGUGUAUGUUUUGUACAGAACAUGUCAUUAAUUUAUAUACAAAAAAAGAUAAGUACCGUACAGUUGAAAUGGGGACACAACUUGUGGCUGAUGUUGUAGGAACACCACUGAGCCGUCCAUAGAUAGUCCAUCCCAAAGUUAUUGAAACAAUCUGCAGGUCUCGGGUGACACCCUGCAUUACAGAUCCCGCGAUGAAAAAGGCUUGGUGUGAAUGGUCCGAGAACCAGAAUGUCGUUGUUUCGAUUCCUCUGGGAUGGACGGCUCAGACGUAUCUUUACAGUUCCUGAGCAUUUCUCGGAUAUUCUUGUUUAUCAUACCUCAUUAGCAUGUUAACCAAUCGGAGCGCGGUAUUCAGUAUCAUUAUUCUAUGAUGACGUCAUGGAACAAAAUUGAAGUGUGAAGCCGGUGUAGAAGUUUAAAAUGUCCUAGGAUAGAAUGCGCGGGAAACAAAGGAUUCUAUUAUGCGCUUCAAUCUCUGAGCUAUUGACGGUCAGGGUCUCUAUAGAACCAUAUUGCAGAAUGCAAUAGGACCGGACACUUUUUCCAGGGGGGCAUUUGUUACUGUUACACCGGCAGUUCUGGCAGUAUACCAAAUCAACGUAGUGAUUUGGUACGACAAAAUAAAUAUCGCACUUUCAGCCAUGGAAUAGUAAAAAUUAUUCAACGGUGAAAAAAUUAUUCCACUCGACUGCGAUAUUUAUAUCCAUGUAAUAUCGGACCAUGAGUCAGUCAUGUCGAUCUACCGCCGUUGUGGCGGAGACGUCAGGAUUGAUGUUCACUGCUGGUAAGUCGGUGUGGGAUCAGUUGGAAUGCCGUGACUUCAGCUUGACUUCAGUAGACCAAGGCUGAUGGCAGUCUUUGGGAAAGGGUUUCCCUUUGGGCAUAUAUAUUGAAGAUUCGAUGGUGUGUGUUGUUGGGGGGGGGGGGGGGGGUCAUUUUCACUAAACCUUUUCUCAUGCAAACUGCAUUACAUUGGCAUUUCAUCCUCUUUGAUGAUGAAGAGAAGGAAUGGAAAUGAAACAAAACAGGCCCACAAAAUAAUAUUAGGCAGGUUUAGCAACUUUACGAAGUUUGUCUUCGGAUCAUUAUGUAUUUUUCUUGACGACGACAGCCAAAGCCGAAUGACAGCGCGUCAUGAAUUAAAAGUAAGAAUUGAUUACGUCAGAGACCUCCGUACAUCGUACUUCGCCACUCGUAAGAUUGCGAAACCUGUCUAUCCUUCAAGAAUAUGAUUAGUCACGGCUGGAAAGGUUCUAGUUUGAAAUAUACAUCAUGUUGUUGAUGAGUUUUGGUGAUUUGUAAUAAAAGACUUCAGUAUUGAAUAUAAGGUACGAUUGUUUUUUUAGAUAUAGGGUAGAAUGGGGUAAUUGUAGCCCAGUUUA